AUGAGUCGUAGUUUUUCCUCACGCACAAUACCUUCAUUCCUUAAUUCUCCGAGUGUCUUAAAACAGACUAAGGGAACCACUUUAUCACAACGAAAUAAGUUUAUUUCUUCAACACUUCAACAAGGUAUUGUCGAUUCUAGCACGAGGCCUGCUGCCGAUAAAUCUAGAAGCAUUAGAUCGUUAGUAGGAAACGAUAGAGUUUAUCAACGGUCAUCAAAUGUCGAUAUUUCAAAAAUGCGUCCCAAUAUGACUGUAGUUCGAAAUUUACCUACAGCAACUGCUCGGGUUAAUGAAAUUGUUACAUCACCGGUCUUAACCAAUGGGGAACAGCAUUUACCAGAAGAUGAAAGACAAAGUCGUCCUACUUUUCGUAUUUGUGUGUUAUACGUUGAUGAAGAUGUUUCUGUCGCUCGCCAAUUACAGCGAGGACGACAAAUCAGAGAACAUAAUGCCACAGUUCGACGAACGGGACAGGGAGAAUUUAUAGAAGAGCGAGUUACGGAUUAUGAUGAAUUGGUUAAUCAAAAGACCUACGAUUCAAUUGCACAUAUUCCAAUCGCAACAAAAAUCGGUAUUCAUGCUCGACAAGAUUUAAUUAGUCGACUUGAACAUUACCAAGAUAGUGAACCAGAACUUUUUAUGAAAGCUAUCGAGUUCGUGGACAAUAAUGUUAUCCCAAUGGUUCAACGUCACGCUAUCAGCGGACAAGCUCUUAUUCGAACGACUUCUCACCAACUUGAAAACCAACAUCUUGUUGACAUGAUCAUGGACGUUCUUUCAGAACGAGGAUACCACGUAAUGUUUGAUGACCGAGUUCGAGAAACACCCGUUAGGAUUAAUCCUGAUACAUGGGAAAUUAUUCUUGAAAA